AUGGUUCAACAAUUGAGUCUCUUCGGAUCCAUUAACGAUGACUCGUAUGACCUCUUUGUAUCCACCAUCACUACGCUCUCAGGAACGCCUCCCAUCCUAUUCUCCAAACUGUCCACUAACUGGAAACCAAAUCCUCAAUAUGAUAUCGAAGGCACCAACGCAAAGAAUCAAUUGGUAGAACCCAAUAGAAUUAAUCUCCAUAGAGAAUUGACGCUUGAUCAAUUGAGGCUACAGGAAGAGCCGGCUCAAUUUGAUUACAAUAUUUUAAAGAAAAUAAAUCAGGAUCACGCCCCAUUUGAUCUAACACUUCUCGACAAGAUACUGAAGGAAUGUAAUACGAAUGGCGAUGAUAAAAAACAUAAAUCAUGGGUGUUCUCUAUGUCUGAUAUUCCUGCUACCGGGAAUAAUAGGAAAGUUUCCGUACAGACGAUAUAUGAAUCAUUAAUCACAUCCACAGCCGGUAUAGAUUCGUCCAUAACAAAAUUUAUGAAUGAAUUGGCGUACGUUUAUGAAUAUAGUUAUAUCACAGUUGGUGUCAAAUUCUAUCUGAGACAUGAAUUGCUCAUAGAGGUGUGUAAGAUAUGGAACAUCAUCUCUGAUGGUCAAGUAUCCACAAGUUCACAAGUUACCAGCGGAGGUUACCUUAUUAAGGCAUAUGUGGAUGUUAAUAAAAGUACAGACAUUGACCGAAUAAAUUAUGCUGAGAAUAUUUUAGUAAAUCUGCAAAAGGAACUCCAAGGUUAUGUGGAUUUGAUAACACCAGAUCGUAAAUCGAUGGAUUCAAGACUAGGUUAUGGUAUAUAG